UCACAGCACAUUCCUGGGUAGUCCUCAGCUGCCAGCAUCUGAUUAAAACCAUAUCUCUGGCUGUGAGUGGCUAACUACACUAAAGGCUGGAAUACAACUGAAUAUUUAACCGGGCCCACGGUGUCAGCUACUCUACCGGCUGUAGCCCGAGGAGUAUGCACCGAAUAGCACGGAGCUAGGCUGCGAAGUAUUAUGCCGACCUGUUGAUCACUGUUUGGACAUCCAGCAACACAGCAAGUAUCCCCUUCUGGAGUUGAGGCUGGCCUCCAUCUCACAAUGUCUAACGAAGUAGAAACCACUAAUAUCAACAACCAGCCUGAGCAGCAGGCAGCACCAAAAGCUCCUGCAUCAAAGAAGGAGAAAAAGAAGGGAUCAGAGAAAACAGAUGAAUUUCUUUUGGCCAGAUUCAAAGGGGAUGGUGUAAGAUACAAAGCCAAGCUGAUUGGCAUUGAUGAUGUUCCAGAAGCAAGAGGAGACAAAAUGAGCCAGGAUUCAAUGAUGAAGCUGAAGGGAAUGGCAGUAGCUGCCCGCUCCCAGGGACAGCACAAACAGAAGAUCUGGGUGAACAUCUCCCUUUCUGGUAUCAAGAUAAUUGAUGAGAAAACUGGGGUCAUAGAACAUGAGCAUCCAGUGAACAAAAUCUCCUUUAUUGCUCGGGAUGUCACUGACAACCGUGCAUUUGGAUAUGUUUGCGGAGGAGAAGGACAGCAUCAGUUUUUUGCCAUAAAAACAGCACAACAGGCUGAACCUCUAGUAGUUGAUCUUAAGGACCUCUUCCAAGUAAUUUAUAACAUCAAGAAAAAGGAAGAAGAGGAUAAGAAAAAGAAUGAAGAAGCCAAUAAGACAGUUGAGAAUGGUAGUGAUGCAUUGACUGAUCAAGUUGACAAACUAAAACUGGGUGUUGACCAGAUGGAUUUGUUUGGCGAUAUGUCCACUCCUCCUGACCUGAACAGUCCUACAGAGAGUAAAGAUAUCCUGUUAGUGGAUCUAAACUCUGAAAUCGAGAACAAUCAGACUUGUGUAAAAGAGAGUCCCUUCUUGAAUGGCAUCACUUCCUCUCUUCCACGACCAAAGUCACAGACCCCUUUCUUGCCUGAAAGUUCUCUCACUACCAGUCUCAGCUUCUUUCCCAUUCCCAAUCCAGAUCCUUUCAGUGAUGAUCCUUUCGCACAACCAGACCAAUCUGCACAACCUUCAUUUGAUUCUUUAAAAUCUUCACUUCAGAAGAAGGAAAGUCUGAGCUUCUUGGGUAACGGUGCAGUAAAUGGUGAUAUUGACUACUUUGGUAAAGAGUUUGAUCAGAUUUCUAAUAGAACUGGCAAACAGGAAAUACAGACAAGCCAGUGGCUUCUUGAGAGUAAGCCAAAGCAGCUAGCAGCAAGGACCCAAAAUGGGGUACCAGAAAGAGAACAGAAUGGUUUUCUGACCAAAUCCUCAUCAAAUCUAUUUGCGGAAAGCCCUUCCAAAGGAUUAUCUCUGCAAAAUGGAGUAAAGCUGGACUCUGACAGCAAUGUCCAGCUCAUGUCACAUGACUCCAUAACAAUUAGCCCACCUCCACAAAGUACCAAGCCAGGAAGAGGAAGGAGGACUGUUCAGACUGCAGCAAAUGAUUUGUUUGGCUCGGACCUCUUUGCAUCUACUGCUCCAGAGGCCCCAGGCCUGACUUCUCCUGCAGCACAACCUGCACUGGUGCAAACCAGCCCGCUGGACCUCUUCCAAACCAGUCCUACCAUAGGACCUCUGGCUGGGCUAGGUGGCUUGCCAGGAACAUCUCCAACACCAUGGAGUCAACAGUCCUCAGUUUUCAAUCCUACCACAUCAGUAUUUCCUGGAUCCAUUAUGGGUGCUCAACCUACAGGCUUUACUCAACCACUUGCCUUCGGUGCCCCUCCAGCAGUCUCAGGAUGGGGUCAGCCUGCGUCCUUUGGAGCCCCAUCACCAUCUCAAUCUCCUGGUCUCUGGGGUCAGCCAGCACAUGUUUCUCCUACUCCUUGGGCACAACCAGCUGCCAUUGGAAAUCCUUUCCAGACCAGCAUGUUUCCAUCUACUACACAGCCCCCUGCUAUGUUGUCUUCUGUCUCAGCAACUAGCCCUCCUCAGCCACCACCCAGAACUGCACCUCCGAAGGAGCCAUCUAAGAAGGAAAGUGAUGCCUUCACUGCAUUAGACCCACUUGGGGAUAAAGAGAAAAAGGAUGUAAAAGAAAUGUUUAAAGACUUCCAGCUGACAAAGCCACCUGCAGUACCAGCAAGGAGGGGAGAACAGCAGCAAAGUCGUCUUGGUGCUUCUGGAGCUUUCACUAGUUACUUUAAUAGCAAAGUGGGCAUUCUUCAAGACCACACUGAUCACAAUGACUUGGCAGCUAAUCUAUUGUCUACUAAAAUCGGUGAACCACCAAAGCCUGCUCCCAGACAAAGCACUCUGCCAGCUUCCAAGCCUGAUGCCCUGUUUGAAAACCCCUUUCAAACAGAUCCUUUCAGCACUUCCUCACAACCCUCUACUGCAUCUCAGCCAUCACCAUCUUCUGAUCUAUUUGAUGAUCCUUUUGGAAAUCCAUUUGCAUAACUUUGAAACCAGGUGUAACCAGCAAAGGACAAAUGGAAUAACAAGACAACCCCUCCUUGUCACCAUUUUCUACUAGUCUUAUUUUUCAUUGUCUGCCUUCAUCCUUGAUGCCUAUUCUGAUUGUUGUUAAUGUCUGCUGUGAUCUAAAAACUGUCUGUGUGGACUGAAACAUGAGCCCUCAAAGAGAACCUGCUGUUAACAUAAUUCAAGAUGAAGCCAAGAAAAAUAUCCAGACUUUCAUGCUGGAGGCCCAGGUUCAAGUUGGUGGAUGUGAAUUUUUUUCUGUAACCUCUUCAGUUUCUUCUGAUUUAAGAACUGCAUAUAUGUCUUGUGGAAACACUGACUUCCCAGUCUUACUGUGGUGUUUUUAAACAUGGUCCCCUACACUUAAUUCUUGCAGCACUUACUGUAAUGGUUGUAAUAAGGAGUUGAGCACCCAUUUUGAGGAAGAAACUAUGCAUUCUCCUCCACAUAGGGAAAGGGACUUGUGGAUUUAGAAUCUUGCAAAUUCUGCAACACUGUGACGUGACAAGCUUCUUUUUUUCACACAUCUGGAUUCCACUGAUGGCUGUCUCACUCCAAAAUGGCAGCCAUUUAAAGCUUUUCUUAAACCUCCACUUUUCAAUGUACAAUAGUUUGUCUUGUAUUUAUGAUUGUGCAACUGGUGAUAACUUAUGGCUUUCCUUCUGAUUUCUAAGUAGUGGGAAAACAAAAACCAAAGUAGACAAGAAUCCAGUGCUUGCUAACUCAUAUUGAAAAUGGCAAAAUGCCCUCCAUCUGAUUGUAAUUAGUCCCUUAACUACAACAUAAUUGCAGAAUCUGGAAAAGCAGUGGCUAUAGAGAACAAACUCCAACACUGUUUCUAACUGACAAAUUGUCUAAGCUAGUGUUCUGGAAUCUGACCUUGGACCUAAAGCUGAAACACCUCAGCCAAACUUCAACUUGUGUCUAAUGCCCUGUGUUUUUAAAUCUGCUAAGGGUUGUGGGUCGGGGUGGGGGGAAAUCAAAUAGAGUGCUGGAUUUUUCUUGCUUCAAGCAAGAAACCCAUCUGCCAAGCUUUCUUGUUGAAUCACUUGCUAAACUUCAGUGAAUGUCCAUAAUGAUCUGAACUCAAAUCACUUGUUUUGUCACAGACAUGGUGUAAGCCAGUUCCAGUAUGUAUUGGAAGGGCAAAUGGCAAUCUCUUGUAUUGAUCUUGAUUUCACCUGAUGCCUUAGUAUUUUGUGAAUUUUGAUGCACCUCAUACAAUUUGAGGUAGCUAUCCACCUCUCAAAGGAGGUUGUGCCUUCCUUUGUGAACCUCUGUACUAACUGACUUGUAUCUAAAUCAGUCUCUUAUAAACUAAACUGUUAAGGUUACUUUGCUUUUUGGACACAGGCCUAAAUCAGCUCUUGCCAUUCUGUUGGUGGUUAGUUUCUUACUCGACCAUUUAUAAGUGUAAACUUGAAAUACUAUCUUGUCUUUAAUGUUGAAUUGGAUACCUAAACAAAUGCUAAACAGAGAAUUACUUCUGGAAAAUCAAUUUGAAGGCAACUUUAGUGACACAUUCAGCCAGUCAUGCAACUUGUUCUGUAUAUAACCUUUCUCUUGUGCACUUUCCUACAAUGCAAUUAAAAGUUAUGAAUUUAUAAGUACUUGUCUCAAACUGGAAAUGUAGAAACUUAUGGAUGUUACUAUUAUAUAAACUGUAGUCUCACAACUAGUAAAGUUUUCUAAUGACAUUAAAAAGAUGCUGCUCUUUAUAUCAAA